UGGAAAGCCGCUGCAAAGUGAAAAACAGUUGACGGGAAUGGAAAACAAAAGACCAAUUAUUGAACUUACCUCGGGCGAGAAACAUCCGCAAAGGGUAAAUUUGUUCAGUACCGUACACAAGCCUGCAUUGACCGGUUCAUCCGCAGUCAAGGAGGCGAUGAUACGAUCAAGAAAUGGACAGACAGUAGGCAGUCUCAGUGAGCCCGUUUUAUAUAAAGUUCAUAAAACGCAAUCCGACAGCAAGCACAACUUAGGUACACAGCCUUUAGUUCCAUCGGCGGAAAGACGUUCAGCGUCCCUUGCUUUCAAAAAGAG